CCACAGUACACUUUGGACGAUAGCCUCGCUGACCGCUGCCUUUCGGGGUUCCCCAUCCUCGACCUUCCACUCUCCUCUGUUUAUCUGUCCGCCUGCGCUGUUCUGUGUGUGCUGAGAAAAGAUCCAAGAGACACUCAGUCAAGUUUCCUGUCCAAUUGAUCAGCAUGGCCGACAACAAGGUCUACCGGGCCAGCACGACUGCCCCCGUCAACAUCGCCGUCGUCAAGUACUGGGGCAAGCGUGACCCCAAGCUCAACCUCCCGACCAACUCGUCCCUCUCCGUCACCCUCUCGCAGGCCGACCUGCGCACCCUGACCACCGCCUCCUGCAGCGCCGCCUACCCGGCCGGCUCCGACUCCCUCCUCCUCAACGGCGAGCCCUCCGACAUCUCGGGCGCCCGCACCCAGGCAUGCUUCCGUGAGCUUAGGUCCCGCCGCAAGGCCCUCGAGGACGCCGACCCGUCGCUGCCCAAGCUCAGCGCCAUGCCCCUCCGCCUCGUCAGCGAGAACAACUUCCCCACCGCCGCCGGCCUGGCCUCCUCCGCCGCAGGCUUCGCCGCCCUCGUCAGGGCCGUCGCCAACCUGUACGAGCUGCCCGACAGCCCCUCCGAGCUGUCCCUCAUCGCCCGCCAGGGCUCCGGCUCCGCCUGCCGCUCGCUGUUCGGCGGCUACGUCGCCUGGCGCAUGGGCGAGCGCGACGACGGCUCCGACUCGCGCGCCGACCUCGUCGCCGAGGCCUCGCACUGGCCCGACAUGCGCGCCCUGAUCCUCGUCGCCUCCGCCGCCAAGAAGGGCGUCAGCUCCACCUCGGGAAUGCAGCAGACCGUCGCCACCUCGGGCCUCUUUGCCCGCCGCGUCGACGAGGUCGUGCCCCGCAACAUGGACCUCAUGGAGAAGGCCGUCCGCGACAGGGACUUUGCCCUGUUCGCCGAGGUCACCAUGCGCGAGAGCAACUCGUUCCACGCCAGCUGCGCCGACACCUACCCGCCCAUCUUCUACAUGAACGACGUCUCCCGCGCCGCCGUCAGGGCCGUCGAGAGGAUCAACGAGGCCGCAGGCCGCACCGUCGCCGCCUACACCUUCGACGCAGGCCCCAACUGCGUCGUCUACUACCUCGAGAAGGACGAGCCUGCCGUCGUCGGCACCUUCAAUGCCCUGCUGCACGAGGUCGGCGGCUGGAAGGAGAGCGCCGCCGCGCUCAAGGGUGCGGCUGUGGCCCUGGACGAGCCCGUUGUCGACGCGCUCAAGACGGGCAUCUCCAGGGUCAUAAUGACUGGUGUUGGCGAGGGGCCCAUCAAGACGGACGAGUACCUGGUCACCGAGACUGGCGAGCCUGUCAAGAGGUGAGGCGGCACGGUCUCAGGCUGACUGUCUUGGACAAGUAGAUAUUCAAGCCAAUACCGGUGUGAAUGAAGCAAGGCGCGAGGAGGGGGUCAGGGGAGACCCAUAUUGUCCCGUUGUCUCCUGCCGUAUAUGUUUGCAACGGGGUUGCGCACUGCCAGCAACGCAAUAGACCGCCCGGCAAACAGAUGAUCAUAACCAAUCUGGAGAGAUUGGCCGUUCCUAGCGGUGCAUAAGAGCCGUACCGUCACAUAUGUUCCACUUUUGUUUCUUUAGCGGCGGAAAAUUUGGGCAAAAAGUCGUAUUUGAUGUAUAGGCCAAAUACUUAAUAAUGCUACUAGCCACAAGCGCGUUAUUCUCA